AUGGGAAAGGUCCACGGUUCGCUCGCUCGCGCUGGUAAAGUUCGUGGUCAAACCCCGAAGGUCGCGAAACAAGAAAAGAAGAAGCAGCCCAAGGGCCGCGCGUUCCAACGCAUCAAGUACAACCGUCGUUUCGUGAACGUCGUCGUGGGCAUUGGCAAGAAGCGCUCGCCGAACUCUAACCAAGCGUAAACGACGAGAAGAUGAUUAGUGUUUUCGGAAAUCGUUUGAAAGGUGCGACGGCGGUGCGGUCGUUCGCUGUUAAUAGUUUGGAGAGUAUGAGAGGAUGUUUGAUGAGUAGUGAGUUAGGCAGCCAGUGGGCGCCGGCGACGCGCUGGGCGAAGUCGAUUGUUUCGACGACAUCCGUCGCCGCCGGAGACGCCGCUGAGGGUCGAUCGAGCCGACGUUCGCUGGACUUGAAUCAAAAGUCUGGUGAAAUCAAACCCGAAUUAGUGAAAAAGUAUCUGAGUGAGACCAACAUGUCGAGGGGAGACGUGAACAAGCGCGCGCUCGCCGAAGAGCGAGCCGCGUUUGCGCGCGACGAACACGACACGGGGUCGAGCGAAGUACAAAUCGCCAACUUGACCAUGCGCAUUAAGCUCAUGACGGAACAUUUGCGUGAACAUGGAAAGGACACGCACAGCCGUCACGGGCUCAUGGCCAUGCUCGAGCGCCGGAAGAAGCUUUUAAAGUACCUCCGACGCACCGACGGCGAUAGGUACGCGGAUGUCAUUUUACGACUCGGUUUGAAGGAUCGAUCUUUCGUAGACGACAAGUACGCUUAAUAUUUUGUGAUAC